AUGCCGCCUAAAUUGAGCGACUGGGAAUUACGCCAAAUUGUGCACAAUUCCCACAUCGGACACACCGUUGAGGCGGAUGAAAUAGAUAUCAAAUCGUGGACCAUCGAACCAUUCAGUGCAACCCGAAUCGGAUUCUUGGGAGACCACUACACGCUGAAAGUUGUAUUCCGGAUCGCCGCCGGAACGCCGGAGUAUGAGGAACAGUAUUUUGUGAAAUCCCUCCCGGAAGGAAUGCCCAGCUUCACCCGGUACUUGUCGGAAAUUAGAACCUUUUCGAAAGAAACCGCCAUCUACCGGGAACUGAUGCCGCAGCUGCAGGGCACCACCUACGGUGCGCGUUUUGCCCCGCGUAGCUUCCUUCGGGACGGUCGUCGUGAUGAUGUGCUCGUGUUUGAAGAUUUAUCAUUGCAAGGCUUCCGAGUUUGGUCGCAAACGUUUGACUUGCCACAUCUGGGGCAAGCACUGCGGGCCCUGGCCAGACUGCACGCGGCAGGAAUCCGGCUGGAACAAGCUCGGGGACACUCGGUGGCGCAGCUAUAUCCCGAGCUGGUGGCGGAAAAUUCUUGGCUCCAACAAGAGGGCUAUCCUCGGGUGGCCGAACUGGAGGACAACAUCCGGUGUCUGGUGGCGUACGCCGGGGAGUUCUAUGCCGACGAAGCGCGAAGCAACCCGAAGCUACUCGAAAGUCUUCCGGGGACGAUGCGACAAAUCUACGAAUUGGUGCAACCUUCGAAAACCUACCGGAAUGUGUUCAGCCACGCGGACCUGUGGAACAAUAAUUUAAUGUUCCGAUACGAGAGUAGCACCGGCAACCGUCCGAUCGAGUGCGUGUUGGUUGACUUCCAACUGGCACGGUACGUGCCACCGGCGUACGAUUUCAACAUGCUCGUAACACUUACCACCGCCGGCCAUCGGACGUUUCUGCGGAAGCACUGGACUCAUCUGCAAAGCUUUUUCUAUCAGUCCCUCAAAACGGAGCUGGCCCAGAUGUCGGGGGGUGAACUUUCGGUAGAAGCCUUCGUGACGCUGGAAGAUUUUCGGACGUCCUCCGAGCACUACCGGAAAGCUGCAGCGCUGGAUAGCUUCAUCAUUAACUACGUGGUAAAGUUACCGAAAGGGUGCUUGGAUGAAACGUUCUCAACGCCCGAACUGUACGAUGCGUUCGUCGGCGAGAACAAGAGUCGACAAAUGCUAGAGCUACUACGAUCGCACGGCGAGUACCGGGAAACCAUGAAAGAUAUUAUUGCCAAUAUGGUUGAAAUAUUUCAACUUGGAUAACAGGGCGUAAAACGUAAAGUUUAGAUCUAAUGUACAAAGUUUAUAGCCGCUGGCCCGCUAUUGAAACGCUAUAUCAAACGGUUCGGCAAGUAUCUUCCGCAACUUUGAAUCCUGCGAACCGUCGGCGGCAGCAGCAUAGUUUUGUUUCGCACGCUGAACCACCUCCAGGGUCACCUUACGGGCCCUGAUUUUUUCCUUCAGCCCAACGGCACCAUUCUGCUGCACCGCAUCGUCGUCGCCAGCGUCGCUGGCAUCAUCCGAGAAAUCACUAUCAAACCCAUCCGCUCUGUUGGUGCUGCUGCCAUCCUGCUGCUGCACGUUGUUAUGGGCCGCCUCCUUCGCCGCCGCCGCCGCCGUGUCCUUCGUGCGCUUUUCCUCCACGAUGAGCAGCGAUCGAAGGAAGUCCUUGCACAGCAAACUUAUCGGGGCCAUCGUGUGCGAUGAAGAUGAAACGAUCUGCAAAAGAAGUGCAUCGAACGAAUGAAUGCGAAUAGGGCGCGUAUC